AUGCAGCCGCUCGUAACCGUCUCCGAGAGCAAGGACCUGCGCGGUCUCAACCUCAUCGCGGCUCACUCGCACAUUCGCGGCCUCGGCGUUGAUGCCACGACCCUCGAGCCUCGUGCUGCCUCGCAGGGCCUUGUUGGCCAAGAAAAGGCGCGCAAAGCUGCGGCUGUUAUUUUGCAGAUGAUCAAGGACGGCAAGAUUGCUGGUCGCGCCGUCUUGAUUGCUGGCCCCCCCAGUACCGGAAAGACUGCAAUUGCCAUGGGCAUGGCCCAGUCGCUCGGCCCGGACGUUCCCUUUACCACGCUCGCCUCGUCCGAAAUCUUUUCCCUCGAAAUGUCCAAGACUGAGGCCCUCACCCAAGCCUUCCGCAAGUCAAUUGGCGUGCGCAUAAAGGAAGAAAGUGAGAUCAUGGAGGGCGAGGUUGUCGAGAUCCAGAUUGACCGCAGCGUCACGGGCACGGCGAAGCAGGGCAAGCUGACGAUCAAGACGACGGACAUGGAGGCCGUCUACGAUAUGGGCACCAAGAUGAUUGACGCCAUGACGAAGGAGCGCGUGAUGGCCGGCGACAUCAUCUCGAUCGACAAGUCGUCCGGCAAGAUCACCAAACUCGGCCGCUCCUACGCGCGGUCGCGCGACUACGACGCCAUGGGCGUGGACACCAAGUUCCUCCAGUGCCCCGACGGUGAGCUGCAGAAGCGCAAGGAGGUCGUGCACACGGUGACGCUGCAUGAGAUUGACGUAAUCAACUCGCGCACGCAGGGCUUCCUCGCGCUCUUCUCGGGCGACACUGGUGAGAUCCGCAGCGAGAUCCGCGACCAGAUCAAUACCAAGGUGGGCGAGUGGAAGGAGGAGGGCAAGGCCGAGAUCGUUCCCGGCGUGCUCUUCAUUGAUGAGGUGCACAUGCUCGACAUUGAGUGCUUCUCGUACAUCAAUCGCGCGCUCGAGGACGACCUCGCGCCCGUCGUCAUCAUGGCCAGCAACCGUGGCCACUCGCGCAUUCGCGGCACCGACUACCGCAGCCCGCACGGUCUACCCCUCGACUUCCUCGACCGCGUCGUCAUCGUCAGCACGCACCCCUACGCCGCCGACGAGAUCCGCCAGAUCCUCUCGAUCCGCGCUCAGGAAGAAGAGGUCGACGUGUCGGCCGACGCCCUCGCGCUACUCACCAAGGUCGGCCAGGAGGCCGGUCUCCGCUACGCCAGCAACCUCAUCAGCACCUCGCAGCUCGUAUCCGCCAAGCGCCGCGCCAAGCAGGUCAGCGUCGAGGACGUCCAGCGCAGCUUCCAGCUCUUCUACGAUCCCGCACGCAGCAUCGAGUUCGUCACAAAGUCGGAGAAGCGCCUCAUCGGCGACGACGGCGCCGUCGACCUGUCCGUGGCUGCCAAUGGCGCCGCGGCGACCACGAGUGGCGAGGGCAUGGACCUAAGCUAG